AUGGCGCCCUGGCCGUCUCUUCCCCAUCACGACCCGGCCGCGGCCGUGGACCCCAGUCGAAGCCGGUCCUUUGCCCCCAGGCUCACCGACGGCCGACCCCAGCCAGAGUUGCGGCGCAUGUGGCUGCCCAGCAUAACCUUCUUGCUCUACAACUGCAUCACUCCGCAGCCGGGGGCCAGCAGGCCCGAGCAAAGACCCUGCCAAUGCGGCGGCGAGUGGACCCUCGACAAUCUGCAGACCCUCUUCUACGUGCUCUCCCAGGGGCUUGAGCUGGAGCUCGUCGCCAAGCACCUCGGCAAGUCCAGAGACCAGUGCCGUCAAGAGGUGCUGCAUCUGCGAAUGGUCGACCGCAUCCCCAAGCUGCCCUUUGAGGAAAUCCCCUUGUCUCUGCAGGGAGGCUCACGCUGGUCCGCCUGCGUCCAGAUCCGCCUCUGCAUCGAGCUCCGUGACGGCCGCAAGCUCGAGCAGGUCGCCACCAGCCUCGGACGCUCCGUCUCCUCGUGCAAGCGCCAGCUGCGCCUCCUGACCGACGAGGGCACAAACAGUGCCUGCGACGGCUGCGGAAGACAGCGACUCUACGUCGUCGAGCGGACAAAUAGCGUUGUUUCAGCCGUGGAGGGGCCGGACCAGGCUGUCUCGGGACAAUCUUGGGCCGGAGCCUCACAGGCCGGACAGAUGGCCGAGCCUGAGCAGCAGCCCCAAGCCUCAAGAGACUGGCCAUGCCAGUACGCAGCACAGCAUGGCGUCGACAAUCACUCCCUUUCACAGCAGAACGACGUGUUUCGCUGA